AUGGAUGAUAUAUAAGUGAAAGUUUUUAUCCCAGAGAAAUCUAAAGCAGUAGUCCCAAAAAGAGAUCGCAAAUUGGAACAUCAACAAAGGAAACUCAAACAAGAACAAAAGAAAUAAAAAUAUUUUGACAAAAUCCAUGCAAACAGACAAACCGAUUAAUAGCCACAACAUUAAAUCGAAAAUAAAGAUGCCCAAUAAAUCAACUAAACAAAUGACAACAAAUCAUAACAAAGAAAACCAAGAGUGCCUAUGAAAUAACUGGUUAUCCAUUAGAAACCACAAAGUGUUACUUUACCAUCAAUUAAUGUUGAACAGGAGGGUGAAGUCUUUACUGAAUAAUAUUUUGAAGAUCUUCAAAUUCACCCUAAUGUCAAAUUGGGGUUGAAAUCAAGUGAAUACGUCAAAAUGACCAAAAUCUAAUAACUAGCCAUUCCCAUUGUAGACACAAGUAAUUACUUAUCACUAUUUCAUUAGAAGCCAAUACAUUCAUCAAAUCUGAAACAGGGUCAGGUAAGACACUUGCUUAUAUGGUACCACUCAUCUCUCAUUUGAUGAAUGCUGAAGUCAGAAUUACUAGAGAACAAGGAACUUACAUUUUGAUUGUUUGUCCAACUAGAGAACUCUCUUUGCAAUGUGUGGAUGCUGCACUCAAGGUAGGAAAAAAAUGUCCUAACAUAGUUGUGGGGGCAUUGGUUGGUGGAGAAAAUGCUAAUCAUGAAAAAGCUAGACUUAGAAAGGGAGUCACCAUAGUGGUUGGCACUCCUGGCAGAAUAUUAUAUCACAUUCAAAACACUCAAAGUUUCAAAUUCCUAAACAUUAACACUUUAGUCUUUGAAGAGUGUGAUCGAAUUUUAGAUAUGGGAUUUUAAAAGGAUAUUGAAUAAUUGAUUUAAUUACUGAGUGACAAAAUCGAUAUUCCAUCUUGUUAGAAAAUCAUGGUUUCAGCUCAUGUCAAUCAAAAUAUCUGUCAAAUCAAAGGAUUAGAAAUUACACCCAAGAAUUAUAAAUUUGUUGGAUUCUCCAAAGAAUUCAUUAAAGGAACCAAAAAUAAGGAUAUUCAAAUAAAUGAUGAGAAUUAAUAAUGUGAUUGGCUUGGAGAAGGUGAUCCAACAUGGUAAAUCCCAUCCACUCUCAAGUAAUAUUAUACUCUCAUUUAAGAACAUCAAAAAUUGGCAUUUCUUUUUGCCUACAUUCGCACUUAAAUUGGUAAGAAAACCAUCAUCUUCGUAUCCACCUGUGAUGAAGUCGAAUUUUAUUCCUUUCUUUUCUAAUAGGUCUAGUUUAGCAAUCCAUUCAAAAAAGAAGAACAACAACAUGUUGAAGAAGAAGAAGAAGAAAAAAAAUAAGCAUUCAUAACACAAGAGGUCUAUAAAUUACAUGGCAACAUUGAAUAAUAACAGAGAUCUAAGACCUACUUCAAUUUUAAGAAAAGCAAACAUUAAGAAGGAUGUGUUCUAAUUUCAACUUCAGUGGCUUCAAGAGGUCUGGAUUUCCCUGAUGUGACAAAUAUCUUAGUUUUUGAUCCUCCCGACUCAUAUGAUGAUUACGUCAAUAAAGUAGGAAGAACGGCAAGAAUUAAUAAAAAUGGUAUCAGUCUUAUGGUGCUCUUUGAAAAGUAUUUAUUUCAUUUUUAAUCCAAGUCUUGAAUCACAACAAUUCAUUGAGGAAAUCCAAUCUCAUCUAGCUGCACCUCUAAAUCUUAUUGAAUCUGCAGAAUACUUUAAAGCCUUCCAAUAUUACCUAUUUGAAACAAAGAAGAUUCACGACAAGAUGCCUGACAAAUUCCUGGCCUUAAUGAUCAAACAACUAAUCAAAUAGGAUAAGGAUUAUUAAUUGCAAUCACGAAGGUUUAUUUUAUGAUCAAUUUCUAGAGCUUACGUAAGUUUCCUAAGAGCAUAUGGGAGAUUGAAGAGUUUUAAGAUCAAGACUUUGAAUUUGCAUAACUUAUCCAAAUCCUUUGCUCUAGAAAAAGCAUUCUCUGAAGACACUAAGGAUGAAAGAUAUCAGAAAGACUUGAAGUUCAUCAACAGAGAGAAGUUCAGACAAAGGGAGGAUUAAGCAAAUGAAACCAGAUGGGAUAGAGAGAGAAAAAAGAGAAGAGUCAUGUCUUAGGCAGAAUUAAGUAAAAUGGAAUUCAUGUGA